CAUGAGUAUCUAUGUCUGGCAAUCACAGUAGUUUUUAACUAAUAAAAUAUGCCUUUUUCUGUCUUCAAGGGCUGGAUUUGCCCAUCAGGGAACGAGAGAAAAGAAACUACUAAAAGAGAAUAAUGCCUUCAACGUGUCUUCCUUCGUUCUACGGUCCACGAUGAGUGGACAGUACUGGCCGGAGGGAGACGAGGUUUACCAUGCUGAAAUCACAGUGCCUGUUCUGCUGGUUCACGGCAUGUACGACAAGUUUGUACCAGUACAAGAGGACCAACGUAUGGCAGAGAUCCUAUUGCUGGGGUUCCUGAAGAUCAUAGAUGAUGGAAGUCACAUGGUCAUGAUGGAGUGCCCUGACGUAGUUAAUACUCUCUUACAUGAAUUCUUCCUGUGGCAGCCAGCAACCGCCUCAAAACCCAAGCAGGAAUCAACCCCCACAAAGACCACCACUACCAAACGUCCAGAGGACACAAGACCAAAAACUGCCCCCAAGUCACCGUCCAAAUCUCAACCAGACUUGAUAAGACCAACAACUGCACCAAAAAGCAUCAAUACUGGGACAGAGGCUACAGUGGACAUCAGAUCUAAGGGCAUGAAAUAGCUGGUCUACCUAUAAACAAGUGAUGGUAUACAUUUAAAAGUGUUCAAUUUGCUCUGCUCUUGCAUGUGGGCCAAAUUUAAUGGAACUGUUUGAAUGUACGGCCAUUGUAUAUUUACUAGUUGGUGUACGACUGCAGGAAACACAUUAAAGGAACAGCUCAGAUGGAUGUUUGUCCCCGAGCAGAAUGGGUUUUACUUGCUUUCGAGUUAUAUGAGUACCCCUAGAG